GGGAGCAGGUGCUGAGAGUCCCACGCACGGCGCCCAAGAAGCGCCUGGCGGGCCCGGGGCUCUGCCGCAGCCCCUCACCGGGAUGUCUGUGGCCCGACAGUUCCUCCGAGUCACGAAGCAGUACCUCCCGCACGUGGCGCGCCUCUGCCUGAUCAGCACCUUCCUGGAGGACGGCGUGCGCAUGUGGUUCCAGUGGGGCGAGCAGCGGGACUACAUCGACAGCACCUGGGGCUGUGGCUACCUGGUGGCCUCCACCUUCGUGCUCCUCAACCUGCUCGGACAGCUGACGGGCUGCAUCCUGGUGUUGAGUAGGAACUUCGUGCAGCACGCCUGCUUCGGGCUCUUCGGCAUCAUCGCGCUGCAGACGAUCGCCUACAGCAUUUUAUGGGACUUGAAGUUUUUGAUGAGGAACCUGGCCCUGGGUGGGGGCUUGCUGCUGCUCCUGGCGGAGUCCCGCUCGGAGGGGAAGAGCAUGUUCGCGGGCGUCCCCACCAUGCGCGAGAGCUCCCCCAAGCAGUACAUGCAGCUGGGAGGCCGGGUCCUGCUGGUGCUGAUGUUCAUGACCCUCCUUCACUUCGACGCCAGCUUCUUCUCCAUCCUCCAGAACAUCGUGGGCACAGCGCUGAUGAUUCUAGUGGCCAUUGGCUUUAAGACCAAGCUGGCCGCCUUGACUCUUGUCGUCUGGCUGUUCGCCAUCAACGUGUAUUUCAACGCCUUCUGGACCAUCCCCGUCUACAAGCCCAUGCACGACUUCCUCAAGUAUGACUUCUUCCAGACCAUGUCGGUGAUCGGCGGCUUGCUGCUGGUGGUGGCUCUGGGCCCCGGGGGCGUCUCCAUGGACGAGAAGAAGAAAGAGUGGUAACACCUUCCCUGCCUGCCUAAGCCGUGGCCGGCAAGGAUUGGUUCGGGGUCGAUCGACAAACUGCCGCCUUCUCGUCCCCUCCCCCCUGCCUGGGUGAGGCACAGAUGUGUGAGACCUCUGCAGCCCCGAGAGCGACGGCUGACUCUGCUCUGCACCCACCUGCUGUCUGACCAGCCAGCGGCCGCCUGGCUCCUCCCUCCCCACGGCCAGGCCUUGGCCGCGCGGCGAGAGCAGCCGGGUGGGUUGCGGCCUCUGUCCUGGUUUUGUUCUUUUGUGGGUGGUGGGGGCCUUCAAGCUGUACUCUGAGCAGAUACAUCUGUGUAUCAUUCAAAGCAGUCUCCCUCUUAUUUUUUUUAAAAGUUUACGUUUUUAGCUAAAACUAAGUGAUUGUGGGUGGCCCGGCACGUCAGAGCCACUGGCCGCUCCCUGGUUCAGAAGCGCCCCGCAGCGCCAGGGCGCUGCCUUGCAGUGUCACACUUGCAAGGACAGUGAGAGAUUAGAGGAGCAACCCCCAGAGAGCGAGGCAGCAUCAGAGGGGCCCUGUUCACGGUGAGUCACUGCUUAGUUUAUAUGGGGUCAUCCCCCCGGAGCUUCCGUGGCUCAGUGGGGAUGGAUAGUAGAAGCCCUCGCACCCACCCACCCACGCCCACCGCACGUCUGCAGGUUGGCCCGGCCGCCCCAGCCGCCCCAGCUCGCAGACCAGUUACCUCACACUCAACCUUCCGCAGCCUCGCUGAACUGGGCCGCGCCCUGGAGGCUGCCUGGGUCUUCCCUGGCUGAGGGAUGACCCCAGGCUGCACGGCCACGGCUUCCGUCUCCCGGGGCUGCUGCUUGCUCAGACGUCUGUUUGCUAUGCUGCACACGGCCCAGAUUACUUUUUACUGAUUUGUGAUGCCUUACCGAUUGGAUCUGACUCCUGUAUUUAAAGUUUUCUAACAUUGCCUUACACUGUGUUUCUCUUCUUGGGGGUGUGAGCGCUUCCUGCUGUCCUCCGCCAGGCCCAUCCCAGCAAAGGCGCCAGGGGAGUUGGGACACGUGUCUCUGCCUCCUGCUGUCCUCACCCCAGAUCCUUCGGGGCAGACAGCCUGGCCUCGGGGCUUGGCUCCCUGGUCUUCAGCGAGGUGUGCGGGCCUGAGGGCCAGCCCUGAGCCAGGUGAGGGGAGCCCCGCGCCCGCAGGCUUUGUGGGGAGGAGGCUGCCUCUUGCCUCUCUGGCUCUGCAGCCUGGACCCACCUGACCAAGGGGGUGAUGGCGAACCAUUUCACCCCCACCCAGGUCCCAGCCAGAGCGGAGGCUCUUCCUGGUGUUAGACAAAGCCAGGCCGAAGGGCGUGUCUAUUCCCCGGCACUCUGACGCUCACUACACGGAGGUGUUUCACUUUCUGACUCAACCUGGGCCACGUGGUCUCUUGGUCCACAUUCCCUCCCCCUUAACACAUCCUGACAGCCCCCGUGAGUGACAGCCCCAUCAAGUGGCACCCUCAGCCAAGCUGCGUCUAGUAGGGCACCUCCCUGACUGCUGAGACCUCUGUUGUGUCGACCGCCUGUGAUGCGGUGGUCACUCCCGUCCCCGCCUCCCCGCCAGAGCAGGCUAGCGCCUGGGCCCUGUAGACCUAUGCCUUUGCGGGAGGAGCGAAAAAUAAUCUACCAAUUGGUUUUGGCAAAACGAUUUCUGACAAUUUUUUGCGUUAUGUGGGAAAUAGGUGUCGAUCUCACUUUAUGCUGUAUUUUAUAUCUUAGUUGUGUUUGGAAACGUUUUGAUUUUGGAAACAUCAAAAUAAACGAUGGCAUUUGUUGUA